UCUAUAGUUAUAUUGGCAGCGCCAGGGGGACUCCUUUUUAACUCAGCGAAAUGGAAAUUAUGCACAAAGCCUCGUCAAGUCUCUCUUGCAAAAUUUCAUUCUUUCCAUCACCCGACAGCAUCGACUCUCCUCGAACUCUCGCCACUCCGUUUCGACAUUCCUCAGCUUCCUCGAACUCUCAACAACUACAACUACAAUUGAAUCACUCGAAAAAUCACCGACCAGCUCUCUCCCCACUUCGCUGUACCGCGAGUGACUCAGUGAAACGUCAAGAAAUGGCUGGUAAAGAUGGCCAAGACCUUCGCAUACAGAAAAUUUCCUCUGCAAUCCGAGUCAUCCCUGACUUUCCUAAGCCAGGUAUUAUGUUCCAAGAUAUAACAACCUUGCUUCUUGAUACCAAGGCCUUCAGGGACACUAUUGAUUUGUUUGUUGAGAGGUACAAAGACAAAAACGUCUCCGUGGUUGCAGGUAUUGAAGCUAGAGGUUUUAUCUUUGGCCCUCCCAUUGCAUUGGCCAUAGGGGCAAAGUUUGUUCCUAUGAGAAAGCCUAAUAAGUUGCCUGGGGAAGUUAUUUCGGAAGAGUAUUCGUUGGAGUAUGGAACAGACAAAAUGGAGAUGCAUGUAGGGGCUGUAGAAGCAGGAGAACGUGCACUGAUAAUUGACGAUCUCAUUGCAACUGGGGGAACCUUGUGCGCUGCAAUCAGGCUACUAGAGCGGGUUGGAGUGCAUGUGGUUGAAUGUGCGUGUGUCAUUGAAUUGCCGGAGUUAAAGGGUCGGGAACGGUUGGGAGACAAACCAUUGUUUGUUCUUGUUAACGGAGCUUGAUCUCAGGAUGUCUGAGGUAGUACUGCUUGUUUCUUGGCCAUAUGAUUUCAUAAAUGCUAGAGCUCUUCAUCAAGCUAGAGAUUUUAGAAGACCAUUUUGAUGGUUGGCAAGCAGUAGAUAUUGAAUGAUAUAACAGUAAUAAAUGAUAUAUGCACUUGCUUCCCCUUCUCCCAUUGUGACCGUUAACUGAAUUUGAUAGAGGAACUCGAGUCUUUUUAUUGGAUGAAUAGGAUCAAUGUUUUUCAGUGCAACUUCUACUGUAUUUUUCUUGCCGUUUUGUUUUUCACCAGUUAGUUAUGGAAGAACUCAGUUUAAUGCUGCAGGCACUUGACGCAAA